GCCAUAUCCCAAAUUAUAGAUUUGUUCUAUCAUGACCACAAUCAAAGUUUUAACUGUUGGUUCAGCAAAUGGGAAACUCGCCGAACUUUUUGCAGGAGUUAAUAAGAUCAACAAUAAAUUCGGACCUUUCGAUUUAUUAUUAUGUGUUGGUGAUUUUUUCGGAGAAGAUAACACGGAGAUAGAAUCUUUAAUUUCUGGUGAAAUCAAAGUGCCAAUCACGUCCUAUUUCAUGUAUGGUGAACGUGAAUUACCUGAUAUCGUAAAAGAGCGCAUUGCAAGUAAUAAUGGUGAAUUUUGCCCGAAUCUGUUUUACCUUGGUCAAAAAGGUAGCAUUAACACAAUACAUGGUGUGAAAAUCGCGUUCGUUAGUGGUAUAUUGGAUUCACCGAUAACCGAUCUUCCUAAUACGGUGGAUAUUCUUCUCACACAUGAAUGGCCAGAAUCUGUGACUAACCUUUCUACACAGAAUCUACCUACGAAUGUCAAAGGAUCAGAGCAUGUUGCAAACGCAGCUUUAGCUGUGAAGCCAAGGUAUCAUUUUGCUUCUUCAGAAAAGAUCUUCUAUCAAAGAGAACCUUAUCAGAAUUCUCCUUCUCCACAUUUAAUAAAUAAUGAUGAUGAUUCUCAAAUGCAAUUUGGACAUCCAACUUGGUUUAUUGGUUUAGCAGAAGUGGGUAAUUCUUCAAAGUCAAAGUGGUACUAUGGCUUCAAUCUUGUUCCAUUUGUACAUUUAUCUCCGUCGGCAUUCGCAAGUCCCCCAGAUAGGUUGACCGAAUGUCCUUUUAUUAAAAGAAAGAGAGGAUUUGGAGAUGAUUCGUCUGCUGGAAAUAAUUAUUUUUGGAAUACAGGUGAUACAUCAGAACCAUCUACUAAACGUGGUAAACGAAAUAAUCACGAGUAUAUAUGCAAUAAAUGUAAUAAUCCUGGGCAUCACAUUAGAGAAUGUCCUGAAUUGAAAGAUCCGAAUAAAAAAUUCGGUGCUAGAAAACCGCCCAAAAAUUAUGUCUGUAAUAAAUGUAAACAAGCGGGCGUUCACUAUAUCAUAAAUUGUCCUGAAUACACGUGUAAUCUUUGUGGUGAAAAUGGCCAUUUGGUCAAAGAUUGUCCUAACCCUUACAAGAGUAAGAAAAAUCAUAACAAAACAGCUACUCCUCCAUGUUGGUUCUGUUUGUCAAAUCCGAAAACAGUCAAACAUUUAAUUGUUUCUCUUGGUGAUGAAAUUUAUUUGUCGUUAGCUAAAGGUCCCUUGACUGAUAGCCAAGAUAAAAAUAUUUCGCAAGUUCCUGGAGGUGGUCAUGUAUUAUUAGUAACAAUUCAACACCAUCCAACUUUUCGAGACGUUCCAAUUGAAGAUCAAGUUAAUAUGAUGAAUGAACUUGAGAAAUAUAAAAGUUCAUUGAAAACUUUAUUUCGUAAAUAUGAUGCAGAUAUGGUUAUAUAUGAAGUAUCUAGAGCUGGUGGGACACAACAACACUAUCAUCUACAGGUUGUUCCUGUACCCAUUCGAUUUAAUUCAAAUAUGAUAAGAGAAGCUUUUGUAAAAGAAGCUUCAGAUUCUGGAUUCGAAUUACAUCCAACAUCAACAUCGCUACCUUCACAUUAUUUUAAAGUUGAUUUACCCGAGGGUACAUCAUUGGUUCAUGAAAUUAAUCCUGAUGAAAAAUUUGACGUUCAAUUUGGAAGGAAAGUUCUUGCAAAUUUGCUGGGAUGUAGUGAACGCACUGAUUGGAGAGCAUGCAAAUUAGAUGAAGAACAAGAACGAUUGGAUGCAAAUAAAUUUAGAGAAGCAUUUACACCUUACGAUCCCAUGAUUGAAAGGAGUUAAGAUGAUCAUUUAGAUUUUUAUUAAAAAAUAAAAAACCAAUCAAUAAUAAAAUAUAUAUUCAUGCUGUCUAUAUUUGACGUUUUUAAUUAUAAGUAAUUUUAAGGACACACAAACAUUAAUAACACCAUUAAUAAAGAUAAAUAAUGUAAAAUUGGCUCAGACCCCCACAUUCCUGAUUAUAUAAAAACCCGGAUCAGGAUAUUAAAUUCAGGGAAAAGGUAAGGUCUUAAAGUUUGUAAUCAUAUUUUUCUUUAAGAAAAAUCAAACCUUUUACUAAAUCAUCAUUGCCAAUUUAAUUUUAAUAAACUAAUAUCCUCAAAAGGAAUUCCUUGUUAAUUUUAUAUCAUUGUUUUUAUUAUUUUAAAAAACUCAAAAUUGGCUAAAUUUCAGCAUUUUUAUCCUUUGAAAACGAAAUUCCCUUAAAAAAAAAAAAAAAAAAAAAAAAAA